AUGGCUCAUAACAGCCAAAUUCUCUGUCAGUAUUGGCCGGACGCAAGCGCUGUCAGCUCUGUUAUUCAAAGCAGUGGUGGUGGUGGCGGCGCUGGCCACGAUCGACGCACUUUGACUGAUCUUUACUAUCCUGUCGGCCAAUGGCAGUUGAUCGAGAAUAUUGUCUGUAUUGGUGGCACCUGCAUGACGCCCGGUUUUCUACAUCGUCUCAGUGAGGAAAUUAAGAUUUCCCUCGAGCUACCUCGUUACGCCUCCCUUGCUGCCUUGAAGGACUCCGUCAAGUUCCACAAACCACCCUCAAAAGCCAAUUACACUGCCUGGCUUGGAGGAUCCAUAUUCGGAGCCCUCGAAAGUCUGCCAGGCCGAUCUUACAGCCGAACCAAGUAUCUAGAACAGAAGACCAUUCCUGAUUGGUCGUUAAUCUGGGAGACGGACACUACCGAGAAUAGGGAUUACAUACACACACGUUAA